AUGGAGAAAAAAAUUCAGGAAAAGGUUGACGUGCCUCCAGAGUACAAUGUCGCCGAGAGCAUCGGACCUGCCGUGAUUAAACCUCAGGCUCGUGAAGCGUAUGACUCCGGUGUUAGCUUCGAGGAAUACCGCUACUAUGCGCAGCGAACAAGAGAACAACAGGAACUGCUAGAUCCUCCGGUGGUGAGCUACCGACAGUAUUUCGGCAAGAAAGGCGAAAGCGAGGCAUCGUCGCAGGAUGUCACGACGACCCUCACUGAGGAGGAUUUCACGAAUCGCUCGAAGAGAAUGGAGAUCACCGAUGAGGAGUGGACAAAUGCCAGUCGCGCGUUUCGAUCUGCCUCUUGGGGUGCCUGCUUCUUUUUGAUCACUACGGAUAUUCUGGGACCCUAUGGAGCUGGCUAUGCGAUGGGUACUCUUGGAUGGGGACCUGGUAUCGCCUUCUAUACGGUUUUCGGUUUGGUUGUCGGAUACUCUGGAUACCUCAUCUGGCGCGUCUAUCUCGGUGUCGACAGUUAUGAGUUCCCAGUGAAGAACUACGGUGAUCUUGGUUUCCGCACGCUUGGUCAAUUUGGUCGGCAUUUGACGAACGUGAUGCAAGCCAUCGGUUUGGUCCUUAUCACCGGUCAAGUCACCCUCCAGUAUGGUGAAAACAUCUCCCAGGUUUCCAAGUUCAAGCUGUGCUAUGCUGUUUGCCCUAUUCUGUUUGUCGUUGCAGGAUUUUUCAUCACUCAGAUCCGAACUUUGAAGGCCUACGGUUGGAUCGCGAACUUUGCUGUUUGGUUGAACAUCUUUGUCAUUUUCAUGACUAUGGGUGUCAUGGCCAAUUCGCCUCCCAACUACGAGAUCGCUACCCUUGGUUCCGCGGGCAGUGCCACUAACAUUGCUACAAUUACAAAGGGUGCAGAUGGUGUCUGGCCGGCUAUCAUCCAUUACAGCAACAUUCCCCCAGGAGAUGGAACUCUGGGUGCUGUUAACGGCAUGCUUUCCGGUGUCCUGGCCUACGCUGGUGCCCAGCUGUUCGUUGAGUUCAUGGCUGAGAUGAGACGUCCUCAGGACUUUAUUAAGGCUAUGUGGGGUGCUCAGUUCUUCAUCUACUCCGUCUACCUGACCUACGGUUGUGUUGUCUACUACCUUCAAGGACAGUAUUCUUUCAACCCCAGCUACAUGGGUGUCAGUAUCUACGGUUGGCAAACUCUGGGUAACAUGGUUACCCUUGUUGCUGCGCUCAUUUCGGCUGGUCUGUACGGAAAUAUCGGUAUCAAGGUUGUCUACAACAAUAUUCUUGUCGAUAUUCUCAAGGUUCCACCUAUGGAGUCCCGCCGUGGAAAGCUCAUCUACGCUCUGCUGGUUCCCAUCUGGUGGAUCAUCGCUUAUAUCAUCGCUGCUGCCAUUCCCGACUUUGAUGGUUUCGUGAGUGUGAUGUCUGCUUCCAUGCUGCUCAACCUGAGCUACACUCUGCCUCCGCUCUUCGCCCUUGGAUACGACAUUCAGAAGAAUACUAUCGACGAGGCAGCGGGUGAUGGAUUUGAUCCUACAACUGGCCAGAUUUCACGAAGCUCAUGGGGCAUGAAGCGAUUGGUUCGCGGUUUCUUUGCUGGAGGCAAAUUCCAAGUUGCGAUCAACAUUUGGCAUGUUAUUUACUUCCUUGCCUCCUUGGCAAUGUGUGGUUUGGGCAUGUGGGCUGCUAUUGUUGGCCUGAUCGAUGCAUUCGAGGGUACAGAGUUGAACUCGUUCUCUUGUGUCUCUCCUCUCAACUUGAACGCAUCUUAA